CGGAGCGGUUCAGGAGUAGGGGUGAACGGAGGCGCGCGCAUGGCAUGUGACCGUGUCAGGAGUAAAACUUAAGAAAACAAACAAAACUUAAAACCCGUGUGAAUGUUCUAGUUUAGCUAGUUUUGUGCGCUUUGAUGUUGCCGGGACUCGGAGAUAUUUAGAGAGAGAGAGAGAGCGAGAGAGCGAGAGCUGCCGGAUGCGGGUGUACAGUUACUGAUCAGCAGCCAAGAGGAUAAUAAAGUAAAAGUGUUGCCAUGGAUACGGUGCUUCACCUCAUCAAUGACACAAAAGAGUUUUACAAAUGGAGCCUUACCAUAGCAGACAAGCGGGUGGAGCAAUGGCCGAUGAUGUCAUCACCCCUUCCCACACUGGGCUUUAGCGUGCUGUAUUUGCUCUUCCUGUGGGCGGGGCCUCGCUACAUGCAGCACCGAGAAGCUUUCACGCUGCGCAAAACUCUAAUCAUCUACAACUUCAGCAUGGUGCUGCUCAACUUCUACAUCUGCAAAGAGCUGCUGUUGGGUUCCAGAGCAGCAGGAUAUAGCUACCUCUGCCAGCCUGUCAACUACUCAAACGAUGUUAAUGAAGUUAGGAUAGCGUCAGCUCUGUGGUGGUACUACAUCUCUAAAGGUGUGGAGUUUUUAGACACGGUGUUCUUCAUCAUGAGGAAGAAGUUUAACCAGAUCAGCUUCCUGCACGUCUACCACCACUGCACCAUGUUCAUCCUCUGGUGGAUUGGCGUCAAAUGGGUCCCCGGAGGCCAGUCAUUUUUCGGUGCGACUAUAAACUCAGGGAUUCACGUGCUGAUGUACAGCUACUACGGCCUCGCUGCUGUGGGUCCGCACAUGCACAAAUACCUGUGGUGGAAAAAAUACCUCACUAUCAUUCAGAUGAUUCAGUUCCACGUCACUAUUGGUCACGCGGCACACUCUCUGUACUCCGGCUGUCCGUUUCCAGCAUGGAUGCAGUGGGCGCUCAUCGCUUACGCCAUCACUUUCAUCAUCCUCUUCGCCAACUUCUACUACCAGACCUACCGCCUGAGGCCACGUUCUAAAUCACCCAAGAGUACUUGCAACGGUGUUCCUGAGUCCUCCACGCCCAAUGGCUCAGUGAGGAGUGUGGAGCACGUAGAGGAGAACGGAAAGAAACACAAGAAGGAACGAAUAAAGAGGGAGUGAAGGGAGGAGAGAGGAGCGAAAGAAACUCUGCAUCGGUGGAACUGUGGAGUGUUUCCAGGGAAGUAGUGUGUGUAGACUGUUUUUCGAUGGGCUAGAUGGUGUUUACAAAACCACUAACUACGCUAAGUGUGUAAGUGAUGGAUGGGUGGGUGUGUGUGUGGGGGGGGGUCAAAUCAUUCAGUGCUGAUUGAGAGGGGUUGCCAUUUCACUGGAUUCCAUUUUAUUUACUUAUUUAUAUGUCCAGCUAUGUGCCGGUCAUCUGUUAUUUAUCAUCAUCAUUUCUGAUAUUUAUCAGAAUAUUCAAUCUGCAAGGAUCAUUGUGAUCUUGUAAACAACGACAGUGUGUUAUGAAGAAUAUCUUUGAUCAGCAGGGAACACUAAUUUACGUCUUAAUCUCAGGAAACGCAUCAAGAUCAGACACAAAAAUAAACCAUAUGAAAUUAAAUCUGAUGUUCAAACACAACCUUAGACAUAAUGACAUAUUUAAAUACUUUUGUGCAAUUAGAGAUCCCAAUUUCCUCUGAUGUUUAUUGCAGAGAGUGUGUGUGUGUGUGUUUGCUUUUACACUAGCAGAAAAAAAAAAUCACUGGCUAAAGCGCCUUCUCUGCUGAUGAGAAAGAACAUGUCAAUAAAGUAGAAAUCUUCCACGUCACCACAUUAAAUGGGAUUAAUGAAACACUUCCCGAUCACAGUACAGGUUUGUGUUCAUCUAAUGGGCUGAGCGUGAACGUACCGGACUCCGAACACACUUGUGUAGCGUUGUGUAGAUUUAGCGCGUGUUUAGCUGGAGCAGAUUCUCUCAACGGUUCUCUAUGUGUGUACUGUACAUUCUGCUUGCUGACCUCAUAUAACAUGCUUAUUAAUGUGGAAUUGCCAGCAUUGGUCAUUUUAUUCUAAAUCAAAUAAGCAUGUAGAGCUGUAGAUGUCCAGAAGUCGUUGUUGACCGGGGUGUGGACUGACCGCUGGUUUUUAUUCCAGCUGAUUAGAUUUAAAACUGAGCAAAGAGAAUCUCUGUGCAUUUAAUAUCUUAUUAAUUAAAUGCAGAAUAUCACCUAACUGGGGACAAAUUAGCGACUAAAGACCAACAUCAUCCUCAUUAAACCUCUGUUAGUGUUUAUAUUGUAUUGAGAUUACUUUUGAGUGUAGAGUAUAGAAAGUUUUUUGUUUCAUUUCCCCAACAUCGUUUCCAACAGUGUUACAUAAAACAUGUUAAUCAAAUAAAAUGUACAUAUAGAUUUAUAAGUAUUUCCACAGAUUAUUUUUGCAAGCUUCUUGUAUGUGUGUGUGUGUGUUUGGGUGUGUUUUCUCUUGAAUUUAUAUAGGAAAUGUAGAAAGUUCCUUUAGUGUUCUUUUCUUUGUUUUUUUGACCAUUGUUUUCAUGGAUGAAAAUAGCAAAUGUCUGCUGAUGAAAAAAGAAUAAACAGGAUGCCAGUGACUGGUUCUGUCAUUCUUAAAUAAAUGACAUUUGUAAUUGUUGAAGAAUUUGCUGUGUUAUAAGAGGAAUAAAACACUCAGGGACAUGCUGUUAGAGGAAAAUAAUCAACCUCAUGGAGUAACAGGAACUCUGCUUCACCACUCUGUAAUAAACUGUUUAUUUAAUACUUAAAAAUUUAAUACUUAACAUUUAUAUUAGGUCUGAUCUGAACCAUUUAUUCAGUCUGGGUCUUGAGUUUUUACUCUGAAUCUGUUCUCUGAAUAUAUUCUUCUCGUCUCUCUCAGGGUGACAGAGGACAGAGCCGUAUGACUUAGAGCUCUCAAUUCAGUCAGCUCUAACCUAAGCAGUCCAGCAAAUUGGCUUUAGCUGUAAAAGAGCUUACACACACACACACACACACACACACACGCUCGUCAUGCUGAGAGGUUUCAGGGGAGAGCAGGUCAGUGUGGAGGUGAGAGAGUCCACUGUAUUUAGUCCACUAAGCAUGUUGAGGACACCGAGCACCGGCUGAACCACAAUCAGGUUACAGGAAACUCUUUUGACAUUUUAUUACAGUUUGUGUUUCAGUUUUGUCUUUUUGUUCACUCCUGAAACAGAGGAAUCAAUAGAAAAGAAUCACCUUGCUCAAGGACCUAAAGGACCCAACCUAAAGCUUGGCAGUGCUGGGGCUUGAACCCCAAUCUUCCAAUCAACAACCCAGAGCCUUAACCCCUUGAGCUACCACUGCCAAUCCUAUAACACUAUUCCUAUAACAGCACAUCCCUAAAGGUUUUUAUUUCUCUUAUACCACAACAGUUUACCAACAAUUACAGUUUUAAUUAAAGAAUGGCAUGUUGUUUGGUUACAUUCAAUGUGAAUGUGUGAAGCGAUCCCGUUCCUGUUGUCAUUCAGUUACAGCACCUACAAACACCAGCCGCUGGUUUCCCUCACCAGCCGAACUUUACUCUCUCUUUAAGUGAAUAAGA